CUUUUCAAGGCAAAUUGAACAUGGACGUGACGUUCCGAGAUGAGGAUACGGCUGCACUGGUGGCGAUGCUGGAUGCGCGGCAAGAGCGCAAGUCGCGCCGCAACCUACAGAAGAAAGUUUAUUACCGCCAGGAUAAGCAAGUUCACAAAUAUCUGAAGGAGCGUGUUCUUGAACUGGAAGCAGAACUUUGUCGACUCUCCCGCUUGCCACGGUCCAGUGUACUGCCAUGGCAUGACACAGCAAGAGGGCUACGCGACGAGGCAUUCGAAUCUUUGCAUCACAACCGAUACCUCAAGAAGAAAGUUCGCGAGUACAGUUGUUUGGGAGUGCUGUUGAGGGAUUUUGUCGACUCGUCGGUGGUUCAGAGUGCACCAACCGGUACGUGGCACGCGUCAAACCUCCGCCUCGAUCGUGUGCGGCUUCAUGCGCAUCCUGACGCGAGGCGGCACGGCCUCGAUUGGCUCACCCAAGUCAUGUACCACAACACGGACAAGUUGCUGGAAAAGUACGCGUUUCCAGAUCGGACACCGUACUCGCGGCUGGCGGACGUUACUGUCGACACUACAAGUCUUGACGCGUUGAGCUACGUCCAGCGAUAUCAGCUAGAGCUUCAGCUACCGCUGGAGGCUGUACUCCCAUUAGCCACGUCAUAUUUUCAAUCGGGCGCGUCGUCUGAACAACUGGAAGUUCACUACAAAACCAAGCAAUAUCUGGACGUCCAGAUGACAAAGAGCAUCGCGGACUCGAUGACGUACGAUGUCGUGACCAACUGGUCGUUGUAUCCACAGCCAGGGACGACUCGUCUCUGUCGGAUCUUUCAAGAUGCGAACCGAUACGUGCUGGUUAGUCAAAGCAUCCCAGACGACGAAAAACUCCCUUCCAAGAACAUCGACAGCAAGACGUUGACGUGGGUUGUCUUGGACCAGGUUUCUCCGACAGUCACGAUCAUGCGGUGUCUGUUUGUCGUGUCCCAAGGCCUCGACCUGCGAACUGGCAUUUACGUCCCGCUGCUCCAUGAAGCGCUGGCCGAUUGGAAUUUGGACCUUCGUCCCAUUCCUCCACCCGCCCGUCUCGACGCGUUUUGCCAGCAUGUUCGAACGCUGGGAUAUCGCAACAUUCAGUCGCACGACGCAGACUUUUCCAAGUUAUUUCGUUGUGCCAUCUAAACCACGUUGGUCUAACGUCAUAAGGACUGCUGCGACUCAUCCACGCGCGUUGAGCAAGCAUUCGUUUGUCGAGAUGUCCG